CAUGAAUAAAUAAAUAUUCCUGAAACAUAAUAAAACUAGAGACUUUAUGUCUAUCAAACUAAUUUGAUGUUUUGCAUAAUAAACCUUCAAUAUGCACCUGAAUGUGUAAAAAAAUUAAAAAGUACAAUACUGCUUUUAUAAUAUAAUAUAGCUGUGUGCACAGAGGAAACGGCGCUGACAUGAAAUUAAAACAUUUACCAACUCUGACCUGAGGCAGGAGUGGUGGCGCUGUUGCCGUUUUGAACCCAACACCCCAAAAGAAGAACUCGAUGCUAAUCCGAGGUUAGCUCUGGGCUCGGAAACACAUAAACAAGCUGCUUGCUCGUCCAGGCGGUGAAAGACCUCUGACCUCCUCUGACCUCCUGUGACCCCAGUCCCUCCGUGCUGAGGUCAAUGCGUUCAAACUAAAACUGGAAAAGUGUAAGUUUUCAUGUCAUAAACGAAGAGAGAAACUAAUCUGCUGCCUGUUUCUGUCCCAGUUCUUCCAUCAGCUGCAGCAGCAUGUCAGCAGAUACGAAGAUCGCUGAGCUGCUCACUGAGCUCCACCAGCUCAUCAAACAGACUCAGGAGGAGAGGUCACGCAGCGAACACAAUCUGCUGAACAUCCAGAAGACCCACGAGAGGAUGCAGACGGAGAACAAGACGUCUCCAUACUACCGCACCAAGCUGAGGGGCCUGUACACCACAGCGAAGGCCGAUGCAGAGGCCGAGUGCAGCAUCCUGCGCCACGCUCUGGAUAAGAUCGCUGAGAUCAAGUCUCUGCUGGAGGAGCGGCGGAUCGCUGCUAAGAUGGCUGGAGUUUACAGCGACAGCGACCCCCCCAGGAAGACCAUGAGGCGCGGCGUCCUGAUGACGCUGCUGCAGCAGUCAGCCAUGACGCUCCCGCUGUGGAUUGGCAAACCUGGAGAGAGCCCCCCUCCUCUGUGCGGCGCGAUCCCGGCCAGCAGUGACUACGUGGCCAAGCAGGGCGAUAAGGUGGCGGCGCGGGUCAAGGCCGUGGAUGGAGAUGAGCAGUGGAUCCUGGCCGAGGUGGUCAGCUACAACCACUCCACCAACAAGUAUGAAGUGGACGACAUCGAUGAAGAAGGAAAAGACAGGAGGCACACGCUGAGCCGCCGCAGGAUCAUCCCCCUGCCUCAGUGGAAGGCCAACCCGGAGACCGACCCGGAGGCGCUGUUCAGCAAGGACCAGCUGGUUCUGGCCCUCUACCCACAGACCACCUGCUUCUACCGCGCCCUGAUCCACACGCCGCCGCACAGGCCGCAGGACGACUACUCGGUUCUGUUCGAGGACACGUCGUACGCCGACGGAUACUCCCCGCCGCUCAACGUGGCGCAGCGCUACGUGGUGGCCUGCAAGGAGAACAAGAAGAAGUGAGGCUGCAGGCGACGGAACAAACUCAAUGUUUCCAUGGAGCAUCACCUGCUGGCCAGUGCAGGAACUGCACGGCGGAGAGUCACUUUUAUUUACAUGUAAAUUGUUGCACAAAAUGUCCAGAUUUAACUUUGUUCUCAUGUCUGCAUUGAAGCUUUCUGAUGUUUUCAUAUGAAACAUUUUAAAUAAAUAAUUUCAUCAGGUUUCUGACAUGAUGCAACAUGGAGGUCGUCUCUACAGGAGCUGCUUCUUACGUUUCUUUGUUCUUAUCUUAAUAUUUCCUAUGAUUAACUUUUGUACAUAAUAACAUAAGAUUCUGAAUAAAAUUUAUUAGUAAUUA